CCUUGGAGGGGCCUCUAUAAACCUCUCCAUUCAGCCGGCUCUUGUCUCCUUUUUUCAACUAACGAAAGCGCUUCUCUUCUUCCUCUUUCCUCUAAAAGAGAAUUAUUCAUUGUCUUUGAGCCAGGCCUCUGCUUUUGGCCUGCUUUAUUUCUGGUUAAGAUGGUUUUGAUGAUAUGUUGUAGUGAAGCCUAGGCGCUAGGCGAUUGUCUAGUGGUGUGCUUCCUCUGCCUGCCGUGUUGUUCUGCUUCGAGUUUUAAGUAAAUGGGCUGUUUUCAAUCAACUGCGAGGAAACAGUUUCCUGGAUAUGAAGAUCCGAUAACUCUUGCUUCACAAACAGCUUUUACUGUUAGUGAAGUUGAAGCAUUGUUUGAGCUAUUCAAGAGCAUUAGCAGUUCUGUGAUUGAUGAUGGGCUGAUAAAUAAGGAAGAAUUUCAAUUGGCAUUGUUCAAGAACAGGAAGAAAGAAAAUCUUUUUGCUAAUAGGAUUUUUGAGCUCUUUGAUGUGAAGCAUAAAGGUGUUAUUGAUUUUGGUGACUUUGUCAGAUCACUCAAUGUUUUCCACCCGAAUGCUGCACAGGAUGAUAAAAUUAAUUUUUCAUUUAAGCUUUAUGAUUUGGAUGACACGGGAUAUAUUGAACGACAAGAGGUUAAGCAAAUGCUAAUUGCUCUUUUGUGCGAGUCCGAGAUGAAGUUGGCUGAUGAAACUAUUGAGAUCAUAUUGGAUAAGACAUUCAAUGAAGCUGAUCCAGACCGGGAUGGUAAGAUAGAUAAAUCUGAAUGGCACAACUUCGUGACCAGAAACCCUUCCUUGCUCAAGAUAAUGACACUCCCUUACUUGAGGGAUAUAACUACUACGUUCCCAAGUUUUGUGUUUCAUUCUGAGGUUGACGAGAUUGCUACGUAGUUAGGGCGCGAUCCUUUUUAGCACUCUAGUGUUCCUUGUUCGCCAGUUAUUUUAAGUUGCGACUCACUAGGAGCAGCCAUUUGUAUGAUGGAGGAGGGUUCAGUCGAUACCAGUGAUGCCUUAUUUGACUGAGAUGGUUGUGCCAUUGUUCAGCUAUUCAUUGUUCAGCUAUUCACUGUAUAUUGUGUUCUGAAUGGAAUUUUGUAGCCUGAUUUACUGUUAAUGGAGUUCACUGAUAAAAAUAUGCUUGUUGAUUUUUUUCUUUUAAA